GAGUCGCGGAGUCGACCUACCACCAGCUGCAGAAGAUGAAGCUGGACAAGAGCCCCUUCGUGGUGGUGUCCGUUGUCGGCCAGGAGUUGCUGACCGCCGGCCAUCAUGGUGCCUCGGUGGUGGUCCUGGAGGCGGCACUCAAGAUCGGCACCUGCAGCCUCAAGCUGCGCGGCUCUGUCUUCUCUGCCUUGAGCAGCGCUUAUUGGUCCCUCGGGAACGCUGAGAAGAGCACCGCUUACAUGCAGCAGGACCUUGACGUCGCCAAGACCUUAGGUGACCAGAUGGGCGAGUGCCGCGCCCAUGGCAACCUAGGCUCCGCCUUCUUCUCGAAGGGCAAUUACCGCAAAGCCUUGACGAACCACCGACACCAAUUAAUGCUGGCCAUGAAGCUGAAGGAUAGGGAGGCAGCCUCUUCGGCGUUGACCAGCCUGGGCCACAUCUACAUGGCCAUAGGUGACUACCCCAAUGCUCUGGCCAGCCACAAGCAGUGCGUCCUGCUGGCCAAACAGGGCAAGGAUGACCUCUCUGAGGCCCGGGAGCUGGGCAACAUGGGCGCCAUCUACAUCGCCAUGGGCGACUUCGAGAAUGCUGUGCGCUGCCACGAGUGCCAUCUGGCGCUGGCCAAGGACCAGCGCAACCGGAAAGAGGAGGCCCGCGCAUACAGCAACUUGGGCAGCGCCUACCACUACCGGCGCAACUUCGACAAGGCCAUGUCCUACCACAACCACGUCCUGGAGCUGGCCAGGGAGCUGGGGGAGAAGGCCAUAGAGAUGCGUGCCUACGCCGGCCUCGGACACACUGCCCGCUGCAUGCACGACCUGGAGAGGGCCAAGCAGUACCACCAGGAGCAGCUCGCCAUCGCCGUGGGGCUCCAGGACCGUGCCGCCGAGGGAAGGGCCUCUUCCAACCUCG